AUAUAUUUAUUUAUUUAUUUAUUUUGGCACGUAAAGAAAGAGCUCUGAUCCGCGUUGAAAAGCGCAAGAAACCUGAAAAAUCUCGCUGAUCUUAUUACAAAGCGAGUCAUACCGAUAUUUUCGCCUCGUGUCCGAUCCUGUUUGUCUUCCCGAGCAAGCUAGGGUUUCAAAGUUUCAUUUUUAGAUCCAAAUUGGCUUAGCACAGCUCAUUCUCUCUCGUUACGCCAUUUCCAUCUCCUCGCUCCUUUCUCACAAUUUCCAUGUGUCUCGGCGCCAGGGCAAAGACAUACAAGGAAAAUUCGCUUAGGAGCCAAAGUUUUGCUUUUCACAUUCUAGUGUAGUAGAGUUUUGGUUGUGGUCGCCCAUUUAUUGUAAGUAGGAAGGACCAAUAAAGCUCGCAGUUAUGACAACUUCAUGGGCAGAUUCUGUGGCUAACACUGCGUCUGAGAAUGUGGCAACUGGUUCUUCUAAUAGCAAUGGCUUAAAACGCCCUACCCGAUCAACCUAUGUUCCGCCUCAUCUUCGUAAUAGGCAACCUCCUUCAUCAGACCCCCCUGCUCAAUUACAAACUUCUUCACCAGCCAAUGAUCGGGUUAACUACGGUGGAAUCACAACCAAGUCACACUGGGGUGGAGGUUCUAGGCCCGACUUCGGGCGUACAGGACAUAAUGGUUCUAUUGGUGGCCGAGGGGGUAGUGGAUGGAAUAGUAGAAGUGGGGGGUGGGAACGAGGGAGAGAACGUGAGGUGAACCCUUUUGGUGAUGAUGAAAAUUUAAUGCAAGAAUUUAGUGAGGAAGAAAAUACGGGUAUUAACUUUGAGGCUUAUGAUGACAUUCCUGUGGAGACGAGUGGGAACAAUGUGCCCCCACCUGUGAAUACUUUUGCAGAGAUUGACUUGGGGGACGCAUUGAAUCAAAAUAUUUGGAGGUGCAAGUAUGUGAAACCAACUCCCGUACAGCGUUAUGCUAUACCAAUUUCUCUUGCGGGGCGGGAUCUAAUGGCUUGUGCUCAGACUGGAUCAGGGAAGACUGCUGCCUUUUGCUUUCCGAUUAUCAGUGGAAUCAUGCGGGGCCAGUAUGUUCAGAGACCUCGUGGAGCACGGAUUGUGUACCCUCUUGCUCUAAUUCUUUCACCUACAAGGGAGUUAUCAUGCCAGAUACACAAUGAAGCAAAAAAGUUUUCCUAUCAAACUGGUGUCAAGGUGGUCGUUGCCUAUGGAGGAGCACCAAUCAAUCAACAGUUGCGAGAGCUUGAGAGAGGAGUUGAUAUCCUUGUGGCAACUCCAGGCCGAUUGGUUGAUUUGCUUGAGAGGGCUAGAGUCUCGUUGCAGAUGAUCAGAUAUUUGGCUCUUGAUGAGGCAGAUCGGAUGCUGGAUAUGGGUUUUGAGCCCCAAAUCCGAAAGAUAGUGGAGCAAAUGGACAUGCCUCCACCAGGUGCGAGACAGACGAUGCUGUUUAGUGCCACCUUUCCUAAAGAGAUACAGAGGUUGGCAUCUGAUUUUCUUUCAAAUUACAUAUUUUUGGCUGUUGGAAGGGUUGGUUCAAGUACUGAUUUGAUUGUCCAAAGAGUUGAAUUUGUUCACGAGUCUGAUAAGAGAAGCCAUCUUAUGGAUCUUAUUCAUGCUCAGAAGGAAAAUGGAGUUCAGGGCAAGCAAGCCUUAACAUUAGUUUUUGUGGAGACAAAGAAGGGAGCUGAUUCAUUGGAGCAUUGGUUGUGCCUUAAUGGAUUUCCUGCAACUACCAUUCAUGGUGAUAGAACACAACAGGAGAGAGAACUAGCAUUAAGAUUGUUCAAAAGCGGAAAGACACCAAUUUUAGUGGCAACAGAUGUGGCAGCACGUGGUCUUGACAUUCCUCACGUAGGGCAUGUGGUCAACUUUGAUCUUCCAAAUGACAUUGAUGAUUACGUUCACCGGAUAGGACGUACAGGGCGAGCUGGAAAAACAGGAUUGGCAACGGCUUUCUUUAACGACAAUAAUUCAUCGAUGGCAAGGCCACUAGCUGAUCUAAUGCAAGAAGCAAAUCAAGAAGUACCUGCUUGGCUUACACGUUAUGCAUCAAGGGCUUCUUAUGGUGGGGGUGGUGGCAGAAAUCGGCGGACUGGGGGAGGCCGUUUUGGUGGCCGUGAUUUUAGGAGGGAUGGUUCAUUUAAUAGGGCCACAGAUUACUAUGGUGGAGCAAAUAGUAGCGGUGGCUAUGGGUUUUCUGGUGGUUAUGGCGGGGGUGGGGGGUAUGGUGCAGGCGUGACCAGUGCUUGGGAUUAGCGUCCUGCUGUAUACUGAAUUUGCUCGCCCUUGAUUUCUCUCAGUAUAUAUAAAUAUAUAUUUAUAUUUUUU